CCGCCGGGCCUCGAGCUCGCGAUGGCGCCCUAUAAGCGGGAUGGGGCCGGAGGCCACGAGGAGAUCCGCGAGCUCGACGACUCCGAGCUGGGGGCGGCGGCGCACGCGAGCGGCCGCGUGCCGCCGUGGCGGGAGCAGCUGACGGCGCGCGGGAUGGUGGCGAGCCUGGCCGUCGGCGCCAUGUACAGCGUCAUCGUCAUGAAGCUCGUCCUCACCACGGGCCUCGUCCCCACGCUCAACGUCUCCGCCGCGCUCAUCGCCUUCGUCGUCCUCCGCGGCUGGACCAAGGCGCUGGCACACCUCGGCGUCGUCGCCCGCCCCUUCACGCGCCAGGAGAACACCGUCGUGCAGACCUGCGCCGUCGCCUGCUACAGCAUCGCCGUCGGAGGUGGGUUCGGGUCCUACCUGCUUGCGCUCGACAAGAAGACCUACGAGGCGGCGGGUGAGGACACGGCGGGCAACGUGCCGGGGAGCUUCAAGGAGCCCGGCAUUGCGUGGAUGACCGGCUUCCUGCUCGCCGUCAGCUUCGUGGGGAUUCUCGCGCUCGUCCCACUCAGGAAGAUUAUGAUAAUCGACUACAAAUUAACUUAUCCAAGCGGGACUGCAACAGCCGUGCUUAUAAAUGGAUUCCACACGCCUCAUGGAGAUGCUAUGGCAAAGCAGCAAGUAAAUGGAUUCACAAAGUACUUCGGAAUCAGCUUCUUCUGGAGCUUCUUCCAAUGGUUUUUCUCUGGUGGAGACAGUUGCGGGUUCUCACAGUUUCCUACGUUUGGACUAAUAGCAUGGAAAAACUCAUUCUUCUUUGACUUCAGCCUCACAUAUGUUGGGGCAGGGAUGAUAUGUUCCCAUCUUGUGAAUCUGUCUCUCCUUCUUGGUGCCAUUCUCUCCUGGGGUGUCAUGUGGCCGCUGAUCAGUGAUUUGGAAGGGGACUGGUAUCCAUCAAAUAUACCUGAAAGCAGCAUGAGCAGCCUGCAAGGUUACAAGGCCUUCAUAUGCAUAGCUCUCAUCCUAGGAGAUGGCCUAUACAAUUUUUCCAAGAUUAUUGCAUUGACUGUUAAGAAUCUGAUUGAAAAAUCAAAACUAAAGAACACAAAGAAAGAGGAAGACAUUCUGGUGCUCGAUGACCUUCAUCGUAAUGAAGUUUUCGUAAGAGACAGUCUCCCUACCUGGCUAGCCUAUUGUGGUUACAUUGCACUAUCAGUCCUUGCAGUAAUUGCCAUUCCCAUGAUGUUCCGCGAGAUGAAGUGGUACUAUGUUGUCAUAGCAUACGUAUUAGCUCCUGCCCUGGGGUUCUGCAAUGCCUACGGUGCCGGCCUUACUGACAUGAACAUGGCCUACAAUUAUGGGAAGGUUGCCCUUUUCAUUCUUGCAGCCUGGGCUGGGAAAGACUCCGGUGUAGUUGCUGGCUUAGUAGGCUGCGGUCUGGUGAAAUCACUGGUAUCCAUAUCUGCUGAUCUGAUGCAGGAUUUCAAGACUGGGCAUCUCACAUUAACAUCACCUAGAUCAAUGAUAAUUGCUCAGGCUAUCGGCACCGCCAUGGGCUGUAUCAUCGGGCCACUGACAUUCAUGCUGUUCUACAAGGCGUUUGACAUAGGAAACCCAGAAGGACCCUGGAAGGCACCGUAUGCUCUGAUCUACCGAAACAUGGCAAUUCUUGGUGUUGAGGGUUUCUCUGCCCUACCCCUGCAUUGCUUGCAGCUGUGCUAUGGAUUCUUUGGCUUUGCGGUGGUGGCCAACCUUAUGAGGGACCUCUUCCCGGCAAAGUAUGGCAGGUGGGUUCCCCUGCCGAUGGCGAUGGGUGUUCCUUUCCUUGUCGGUGCGAGCUUUGCCAUCGACAUGUGUGUCGGGAGCUUGGUAGUGUUCAUCUGGCACAGGUUUGACAGAAGUAAAGCAUCACAGAUGGUUCCUGCAGUUGCGUCUGGUUUGAUAUGUGGGGAUGGGCUUUGGAUCUUCCCUUCUGCCUUGCUUGCGCUGGCAAAGAUCAGUCCACCGUUGUGCAUGGCAUUUAGGUCUACACACUAGAAGGGCAACAAGCUAGGUCUAUGUACAGUUAGAAGAGAUACCGCCUGCCAAAGCAUGCAGUAAAUAGAGUUUGCAUAGCAGGGCGAAAUUGUAGCAUAUACAUGCAUUUUUAUACUCCCUCCGUCCCAUGAAACUUGACUUAACUUUCUCUACAUUUGGAUGUAUCGAGACACUAAAUGGUACAUCUAAAUGUAGAGAAAGUUUAUACAAAUUUCAUGGGACGCAGGGAGUAUAUAAAUUUAUACAUGUGCAGUUUUGGCAACAAUAAGUGGACACUUGAGCCACAAGGUGCAUUACUGCAAGGAACAAGAAUCAUCUUUCGUGGGCAGCUGAUCUAAUUCUGAACCGUCUUCUAAAAAUAACACAAUUCAGAUCUAUGACAAUGAAGAAUCAUCGAAAUGAUGCCGUGAUGAGCUAUCUAUUCUUUCUUUCUCUGCCUGUCAUUUCGGAGUCCUGCUUGCACUGAUUCUUCAAAGAAGGCUUGCACUGGCCCGGUUCAGCAUCUGAAUCAGAUUCAGAUAGUGGCACAGGUUGUCAAGUACAAGUGCAGCUCAACGCACAGUCUGCAUCAGCCUUCUCACCUCUCAAAUUGUGGCUGUUGCUACCCUACUCUACUAUGUUCUUACAUAUCCGGUUAGGUUUGCUGAAUAAUUUGACGGAUUCGAAAGCUACAUCAGUCAUUACACCACUUUACCUGCCUGUAGCUCACGCAAACAAAACCAAAAAGGAGUAUAAGAGCGCAUGGUGAUUAUCCCCGCGCACUAGUAUAAA